CCAUGCAGCCAUCCAGUCGCGACGGCAGGACGUGCUUGCUUGGUCUUGCUUGGCCUGGUCGCAGAGCAGAGCUAUUGUCGACACUGCGGCUUUGCGCACUGUGGUUGGUGACAGGGUUGGCUGCACGGAGGGGAACACAAUCCUCUCUGGCUCGCCAACCAGAUCGGCGGGAUCUAUCGCCAUACUUGUGUGUGGCAGGAGGAGGGGAGCGGACGCGGCUGGCAUGGGUGCGUUUUGUUUUGUUUGGCUGCCCCGACGAAUCGUCUCGUCUGCUUGGCUGGCUGGCGGCUUUGCUGCUGCUCAUUGCUCGCCGUCGCUGCUCCUUCGGCCCGCCGCGAGAGGGAGGCGGCGAGGAUAGGUGGGAAGCAGGAACGUAAUAACAUCAGCGUGUUUCCCGGUUUCCCACGAACGCUCUCUUUCUGUUCCUUCCGGACUCUUUCGACUCGUUCACGUCGCGACCGUCUCUGUCGAUUUGCCCGACCCCGCGAAAAACACCCUCGAAACACACGACAUCGCGCGCCAUCAAAAGCCGGCGUCGCUUGGUUCCUUGAUAAUACGCUGCUCCCCCGUGUCCAUGGGCAUUUGUCCGUGACGGCCUCUCGUGCUCCGUGUCAUUGCCGUGUAGUCGAUCGUCGCUCGCGAAAUCCGCACCCGCGUCGCGCCUCGGCAAUUCCCGGGGAAGGCGGAGGAGAAAGAGAGAGAGAGCAUCGGCGAGGACAGACCGUCGGGGGACUUGUUUGCGGUUGGGCACGGCAGGGCCGCCCCGUCUUGAGUUGCAGUCCGCAGGUGGUGGUAGAAGUCGUGCUGGACGUGCAUACAACCAACUACCACUGUACUCCGCCUCAGUUUUGCGCCUCGCCACAGCUGCCUCCCUGGCUGGUGGACUACAGCACACCACAGCACAGCACAGGAAUCACGCCCCACGACGUCGACAACGCACAGGGGGGGGGA